AUGUCUCUCGCCUGCUCCUGCGCGCUCUCGGCUCACAUCAUCAGGCGCGUCCCCGUUGCGUGUGCCCGCUCAGAGGUGCGCGCGGCAGAUCAGCUGGGGAAGCCUGGCUACAGAGGAGCGCGGCGCAGGUUGGUCAGAGCGACGCGAGAGGAGGUGGAGCUGACUACAACAGCUGUAGCUAUCAGUGUGUUGUUUACAAUGGUUUCAACACCUGUUACUCCCGUCAUACCGGAUCAGCGUUGGCACAGUUUGGAAAGCACCACGCCACGUGGAAACCACACUGACGUCCUCAUCUCUGCCCCGAGAAUCAUCAACCCUCUGAAAGGACAAGGCUCUGAUAUGUUUCUGUUUAAACCAGGGGUCUCAAACAUAGAGCUCUAG